CAACUGGAACUUACAUGAUGGAUGUAAAAUUGAGUCAAAUUCGCCAUUCAGUCAUGAAAUGUUUACGUACGUUGAUAGUUUACGUCACGUGUCAAUUCCUAUUUUUUUAAGAGUGUGCUGUCGGAAUAUUAGAUAAAAAUAUAUUCCCUACAUGCCGAACUCGAUUAUCCAGCGUUCUCAAACUUCCAAAACAUCUAGCGAACAGAAUGCUACAUAAAGUUGAAAUUUUGGCAUUUGUUCAAACCUGAUUAGUAAUCAAUCAAAAUUUCAUAUUCGUAGGUUGGGCAUACCGUUUGCUAGAUGAAUCUUUGGGUAGUUUUAAAACGCAACGCCGGAUGUUCGAGUCCGCCCUGUAUUGCUAGGUAUGCUUGCCGACAGGGAGGGUGCAGGCACGUCAAACUCGAACAAACUACGUCUACCUAACAUGCAUCGAGCGGCCCGAAUAAAACGGUAUCAUACAUAAGCCAUAAGGGAUAUCAUUUUCAUAUCAUUCGUGUUAUCAUAAACUGGAUUAUAAAUCGAUGAUACUAUCAAUCAUAUCGAUUCUACCUGUUAUCAUUUAUGGAGUUUUAAUGAUAGACCGAAUGGGUUGUUAAGUAUCGUUACCAUUCAAAAAUGCCAUUUUUCUCGAACAAAAUUUUAGCCAUAUUAUUCAUAUUAUAAUCGCUUUAUCGUAUUUUUAUGAUACAGUGAAUAAUUAAAGCAAGACGGAAAUAUUUCAUGAAAUAUUUUUUCAUCAACUCGAAAAAAUACACCCCUGCGAGCAUUCGCUGGGCACUGUCAAGUUUUUGUAUCAUUAUAUGAAUCGUUGUUUACAUUCGUGGUGAUUUUUUUUAACAGUUUGCCGGAUCUGAGGCAGGAUCGGGAAUCGAACCGUGUUAUUGAUACGCUUGCUCCUUCUCGCGCGGUGUCUCCGUACUGGACCAAAUUGAAUCGUCGGUCGCGAGUGAUUAAAAGUGGUAAUGGUUCUAAAAGUGGAAACCCUGUCGAAUUCGAGGAACAUCUUCCUUGACCACUGGUAUUGACCGCAUCGGAAGGUAAGUUUUCAAGUGACCUGCAGUGAUUAGCUGGAUGCAACUGCUCACUGGAAACGUUAAGGCAGCAGUCACCAGCCGUCGUAACAAGAGCCGGAAGAAGGUCUACACUGCAGUUGAGUUUUUCGUGCUUAUAAAUGCCGGAUUUCGUUCCCCAAUGUCUCGCCCAAAGCUUCAAAAUACUUUGCAAGUGGCAUUUAAUUCGAAAGUAACUGGAUCAUGCGACCGCAGGGGCUUUUGUUUUGAGGUUCCGCUCGUGGUCGGUGGUGGUAGAUGCAAAGUGUUAAACCCUUUUUUUGUGCCAAAUAUGCCAAACAACGGCAUUGAAAAUCAGACAACAAUGCAGACUAACGUGAUGGCCACUUAUUUUAACCGUUAAAUACUAAAUAUAGUGAAAAAAAAGUUAAAAACAUUAUUUUUGUCGCUGCAAUUUUGGUAAAUCCUAUUAUUAAAUAUUAUUCAAAUAUUAUUAAACGUAUCAUUAUUAUAUGUUCAAUGAUACUUGAACAAUUCUGAAUUGUUGAAAUUUUUCAACCCGUAUCAUAUUAUCAUAAAACGAUUACUCCUUGUAUAGUUAUUAUUGUACCAAUGGAAAUCGUAUUAUAUGAACGAUGCCAUGAAUAGUAUUUUUCUAUGCGGGGGGCCUUCCCAAACAACACAAUUCGAUUUCGCGGGCCACCCCCAUCGACAAAACAAACCGAUUUCCAAGCAGGAUUCGACUAGGCUUCUGGUCGCGUUGCCAGUCACACUAACACACUCGCAAAAGAUGAGCAGUAGGCCCACCUUGCCGCAUGCGGGUCCCCUGCUUGCCGAUGAUGCAUUGAAAAGGCAAGCUUAUCGCAAUGAAAGUGUAGUAGUGACAAACGCUUAGGAACUCGCUCAGAGUAGAUAGAAAAAGUGAGAUGAGAGAAAAGGGAAAAUAGGAGAAAUAGAGCAAUGUGAACGAACAGGCGAAAUACAAGAGUUCAGAAGUUUUGUGACUACCAUCGAGUAAACACGUCUUUUUAUUACAUCUCGUGAAGACAGAAACUCUAGUUUUCCCUCGCACUUAGAUAUUUCAAGUGGCGUACGAGGAUAGAUUUUUCAAGUAAAGUUUUAGUUUUUUAGCACAAAUUUUAAAUCGCGUGUGAAUUUUUCAGUGCAAUUUUCAGGUGGAUUAAGGAAUUUCCACGAAAUUUAAUCAAGGAGCUCGGCGUAAGUACUUUUUUUUACUCCUUGAGUUUUGCUUCCGCCGAAUUUUGCGCUUGGUUUGGCCAUUGUUCGGAGUACCUUUUGUACAUUGAUUCUUUUGUACCUGAACAAUAAACCUCGCUUUGUUCUUUUGUUGGCGAAGAAGGCUUGUGCUUCCUAUAAGAAGGUGACAACGAAGGUGACAAUUUUCAAGAAUAAUUAUUAUGAUAUUUUACGAAGAAACCCAAUCAUCAUUUCCCAUUUUGUGAAAACGUGGUUCGAUUUUGUCUACGAUUUGUUUCUACACACACAUUUUUCUGCAUUUACACAUUACAGCAAAUUUUUAAGUCGAUCACAAACACCGGCUCAAUCAUUUCUCAGUGUGAAACCAAUUGGGUUCUUUAGGGGUGUCCGGAUUAUUUCAUAAUCGGAUUCUCCGCCCAAAAAUUAGUCGAAAUCCAAAAUUUCAUAAUUUUUGGAGUCCGGGAACUAUUUUUAAAAUGCAUUUAAAGUUUGUAUGGGGAAAUUUUUUUGUUCGGGUCGAACUGUCACUUUAUCGAUUGAACUGUCAUUCUAUCCACGAAAAUUAAAACUGUUUUGUUGAUUUAACCAUCAAAAUAAAGGUGUUGGAAUCCAAUAAAAUCACGUUAUACUCAGAAAAAUGAGCUCUUUCGAUUAAGCUAUAGAAAAUAGCAAUAUUUUAUUCACUAAACAACCCAAUUGCGCGAAGAACGUUCCAGUGACCGGGAACGGAAAAGAGAAGUAGAGCGAAUUUUUUGACAGUUCCGAAGCUACCGAAAGAGUGUGUGCGUGAAUCGAUCAACCAAACAUACCAAUACCGACAACACAACGACGAAGCUGGCACGGUCAGCAGGUCAGUGACUACGAAAAAAGCGGCGAAUUUUGUCAACACAAAAGUGCAUCAAAGUGCAUCGGAGGAUUGUUCGGAGGUCAACGAACUUGUGAUUGUGUGGAUGAAGUGCUGCUGUUAGCUGUUGAUUGCCGACGGGAAAGUUCAUCGAUCUCCUGCUGCUGCUGCUGAAGCCGUUCGUCGACAGGGCUGUUUGGAUUCGACAUCGCCGUGGUGUGAAGUUGGUUUGGUCGUCGUUUAGUGUUGUUGCCGGUGCAUCUGGAUUAUUUUCUGUGGAGUUGCUGCUGCUAUUGUGGACCUAACUUUGGUUUUGUACAACGGAGUGCGACAUUUUGCGACAAGUGCAUUUGUUUUUUUCGGAUCUUUUGGUGCAUCAUAAAUCAGGUACGUCGUUUUUGUUUACCUUUUUUUUUGUUGUUAUUUUUCUGCGAGAUUUUUUUUUUUGAUUUUUAUUGUUUUGAUUGAUAUUUGGGUCCAAAUUUUGAUUUUAAUUUUGUGAUAUUUCUUGUGCUUCUUUUGGUAAGGAUGACUUUGACGUCGAUAGCCGAUCCUUAUGUACCGUAUUCAAUGCCAUUCAGCCAAUAUCAGGAACAGCUAGAAUGGAUUUUUAAGCACAACGAUUUCCCAGAGGAACGUUACAAAACGUCAUUCCUAGCCGUUUGCGGUAAGGAAGUUUUUAUUGAAUUAAAAAGGCUAUUUCCUGGGAAAGAUUUUAACGAAUUAACGUAUAAGCAAAUAACCGAUGAGCUAAAGAAACGAUACGAUAAAAAUGAUUCGGCUGUUGUGCACAGCUAUAAAUUUUGGACGAAGAGGCAGGGCCGAAAUGAAUCUUUGGAGGAUUUUGUAAUUACUGUAAAAAAUUUAGCUGAGCGAUGUGACUUUGGGGAGUUUAAGGACAGGGCUAUACGCGAUAUGCUGGUUAUAGGAUUGAGUGAUGUGCAACUGCAGAAGAGACUUUGCGAUGAAGAGGAUCUAUCUGCUACAAAAGCGGAAAGGCUUAUCCUUAACUCCGAGAUUUCAGCCAGUAGAACCAGACAACUAAAGCAUGAUGAUGAUAGGAGAGUGAGCGUAGUAGCACGAUUAGGUAACCGACCGGAAGUUUCACGGUCUCGGAACAGAUUCCGGAACCGGAGUCGUAGUUUCGACCGGAACCGAUCGUUCUCGUCCAGGAGUAGGAGUAAUAGCAAAUACCGAGGCAAAAGAGGUGGAAGUUCCGCUAAACCAGUAUAUAUUUGUUCCUUUUGCAAGAAAACUGGACACACAAGAAAGUUUUGCUACAGUUUACACGACAAAAGCCCGCGUAGAAAUCAAUCCAGCGUUAAGUUUGUAGACACUCCAAAGCCAUCAACUAGCUCCAAAGAUUCGGGACUUUUUAAGCGGUUAAAGAAAGAUCUAGAUAACGAUUCUGAUUAUUCCGACGGCAUGCCUUGCUUAAUGAUUUCGUCUUCGUCCGUCAACAAAAUCAAUGAACCCUGCUAUGUGGAGGUGCUAGUAAGCCAGAAGCGUUUGACCAUGGAAAUAGACUGCGGAUCAGCGGAGAGUGUGAUUUCAGAAGAGCUGUACUUACGAAAUUUUGCAAAUUGUAAGCUGCAAAGCUGCAAUAAAAAGCUAGUAGUUAUUGACGGUAACAAACUAAAAGUUGUUGGAAGAAUUUACGUAGACGUGCAGCUCGCUGGAAGGCGCAAACAACUGAGCAUGGUUGUGUUGCGUUGUAACAACGAUUUUAUCCCGCUGGUUGGCCGGACUUGGCUAGAUGAGUUCUAUUUCGGUUGGCGAAACACUUUUGCCAAUCCUCCGUCGAUGGUGGGGAACAUUAACCUGGCUGAUGAGCAGAAUAUUGUUGAUGAAGUACAAACACUCAAAAACGGAGAUCUGAUUUUUUACAAAAACAUAAACACUACAGACAUCAGACGAUGGUUACCAGCCAAAUUUUUAAGACAAGUUUCUGAUGCUACUUUCCAGAUUUCUCUUGGGGGAAGGAUAGUGUUGGCGCAUAAGCGUCAAUUGAAGCUAUCGUCUGACCCUCACCGCAAGGGAACUUUAGUUUUUCCUUUUGAGAGUGGGAACGCUUCAGUAAACGAUCCAGCACUUGUUUUGUCGCCGAAUCCAGAAGCAGCACCAGUUUCGUCAUCUGUAACAAAUCGAGAACCACCACCUUUGUCAUCCGCACCAUUUUUAGAAUCUGUUUUGUCGUCGCCUGUGGUAAGAAAAAGUAACGAUGGUUGUGGUACAAGUAAGAGAGGAAGAGAAGACGAGGAAGAAGAUUCCGAUAUUUCAAAUCCAGAUUUUGAAUUUUACGGCUACCCUGCCGAUUCCUUCAUUUUUACAAACGAUAAUCUUGAAGUAGAUUCUCCGAAUCAAGAAUCGGAUCCACUCCCAGUGGUUUCGAUAAGAAAAUCGAAAAGAAGAAACAAGAAGCGUAGAAGAAGCGAUUUCGUUUACUAUUAGUAAAUUCGAGUUAACAAGAAUUUUAAAUUGUAUAAUUGUAUAUAUCGAUUCUUUCGUAAAUGUUAAGCAUAAUAUGCAUUCGAAGAUUUUAAAGUAUAGUGAAUUUGAGUUUGAACUUAUAUUGAAAUAAAAUGAACUAUUUUCGAACUAAAGGAUGAAGGAGUUGUAGUAGUGACAAACGCUUAGGAACUCGCUCAGAGUAGAUAGAAAAAGUGAGAUGAGAGAAAAGGGAAAAUAGGAGAAAUAGAGCAAUGUGAACGAACAGGCGAAAUACAAGAGUUCAGAAGUUUUGUGACUACCAUCGAGUAAACACGUCUUUUUAUUACAUCUCGUGAAGACAGAAACUCUAGUUUUCCCUCGCACUUAGAUAUUUCAGAAAGUAUAUUGACCGAAAAGUGUUAUCAUGAAGAUAGCAAAUUGAAUUGAUA